GUAAUAUUAUUUUUCUGCUCAGAAUAAACAAGAUUUGGGGAAUAUAGUAAAUAUUGACUAUUGUUGUUUAAAAAUUAUCGAAAAAUAUGUCCUACAUUUAUUUGGUGCCGGUGGCCGUUUUUCUCUUAUUCCAGAUAACCUUUCUUGGAACUUAUAUUGCCGCUGUACUUCAGGGUCAUGUAGUGCCCACAGUGCCGUAUAUAAGUGACGAUGGCACAUACUCUCCAGAAAGUUGCGUAUUUGGGCAGCUUAUAAAUAUUGGCAGUGUGCUAUUGGGCAUCACUAUUUACAUACGAUAUCGCCAAAUUCAACAACUUUAUAGUCAUCAUCCCGAUUUGGGAUCCUUACUUUUGCGUUACAACAAGAUUGCAGUCUGGUUUGGUAUGGCUUCGUGUUUAGGUAUAAGUAUUGUUGGUAAUUUCCAAGAAACAAAUGUACGGAUUGUUCAUUUCACUGGUGCAUUUUGUUGUUUUGGUUGUGGUACGGUGUAUUUCUGGUUGCAAGCGUUAAUUACCUACUUGGUAUAUCCCAUUGCGGGUUCAAAAUUAUACGCUCAUAUACGACUGGGAAUGGCUAUAUCCUGCACCAUACUUUUCAUUUUGAUUGCCAUUACUGGUGUAAUGUCACAUAUUCUCUUCAAAGGCGAUAAUCCAAGACAAUGGUAUCCCUCGGAUGGUGGUUGGUACUUCCAUGUAGUUAGUUCAAUAUCAGAAUGGAUUAUGGCUACUAUUUUCUGCUUUUAUAUUUUAACUUUUACGGACGAAUUUCGAGAUGUUCGUCUAGAACAUCCGGAGUUGACGUUCAUCUCCUAUUCCAUCACUUUAUAAAAAUGUUUGAGUAUACGUGCUAUGUAUAUUUUUAUACUAUUGCAACAUGUUGCUACAGUGUAUAAUAGUUUUGUUCACCUAGCGGUUGUUUGUAUCACUUAAAACUAUUCGCGAUAGAUAAAGAGUUAUACUUAUAUAAGAGUCCGUCCGUAUACCGCAUAUGUGAACAACAGUUCGUAUUGCGAAUUUCGGAAUAAAAUUUCUCCGGUUUUGAUCCUUGCAAGUUGCAAUAGUAUUAAAUGUUCGGGUACAUCCGAACUUAGCCUUUCCUUAAUUGUUUUUAUUUUAUUUUUUUAUAAUACCCGACAACGACGAACAUAUGCAGUUGUUAGAUAUACAUAUGUAUAUGUUUCCAAAGAUCUAAAAGUGCUGUGAUAGGUUUUUAUUUUUUCCUAUAUUGAAUAAUUACACAGCAAAUACAAGUUAUCAAAAGUUGAAUAAUCUUUCUGCAUUGUAUUAUAUGUAAGUGCAAAUUUUGGGUGUUUGAUGCAGUGAAAUGAAUUUAUUUUGAAAUGACAUUUGAACACUCAGUAAUUUGUAUAGCUUUUAGUCGUAGUAUAAAUAUUGCAUAUUGUUCAGAAAAUGCUAUUAUUGGCUGAAAUUUUCUAUAAAGAGUAGUGAAAUUAUUUACCUAUGAAAUUACAUUUUCAACGAUAAAGUUUAUAAUAUUAAUUUUUGCAUUGUAUUUUUUAUACAAAAUUCAUAUAUUUUCUAUUAGUUGUU